UUUGCUGCUAGCGGAAGAAUGUUCCAAGCGCAUUCGGUUGCACCCGAUUUCGUACUUUCUUACAUGCAUCAGCGAUGCCCAUUGCAUGGCGGCCAACAUGGCUCAUCACUGGUGCAUCCGGUACAACCACAAGCCUUGGCAACCCGCAGGUGGUAUGAUUCUUCUGGGGAAACUCAGUUGGGGUUAUCUGAUUCAUCCACCGAUCUUGGGGGGCAUGGUCUUCGAUUGAAUGGGUCGCGAUCUAGAUAUACUCGGCGGAAGUUCAGGUCGUGUGUUUUAUAUCGUUUUUCAUUUCACGCGCGGAAUUAUUAUGUCUUUCAUGACAACUGCGCCGUAUUAUUUACGCUGUAUUUUACCACUCUGCCGGCAAAGACAACUCACACGUCUGAUUGGCCCGCUUAUUUCUGCGCUAAACUAUUCCGACACUAGAAGCUAUUCCUUUUCUGGAAUGAGAGCAAACGCGUCUACCCCGGCUAUUUCUUCUUGGCAUCGAGAUCUCGCUUACCUCACGUUGUUUCUGAUAUCAAGUUGUUGCGUUGUGUGAGAGAUUGAGUUGUUCUCUAUAUGUAGUUAUGUGUCUUUAGAGCUGCUUAUGUUGUAGUAGAUGAUUAACAACUAAUGCUAGCAAUCACUAUCCUAAAGCUUACCGCGCUCUUCGCCGCGGGAGGGAGCCGAGCAGUAGGUGGUUUCCGAGCUCACCCAAUUGCUCAAUGCCUCAGCUAUUUUGUUUAAUAGUAUAUUUUGAGUUCUCUAAAAGCAUGACCGGACUAGAACCAUGGAAACCUCAUACUCUGCUAAGACAGUGUGUGCUUCACAACAAAACAUCAGCAAUGGCUGCAAGCCCUUGUGGCGUCAACCAAUUGUUGGACUUGCAAAUAUGACGUGCAAUGACUUCAUCACGUCUACUGCAACCCCAAACCCGUGCCCCAUCCGUCAGCUCCAUCCUCUCUUCUCUUCUCCUGAAAACAAUUGAACGACUAUUCCACGAGCCACUCUGUUUCUCUCUAAAAAAAAUAAUCAUAUGCAAAGUCAUCAUAUAUAUCAAGCAGGGAGUUUUUUGGCCUUCUCUUUUCAACGAUACCGCCCCUAUAUCUGCUACUCUCAGUGUCAUCAUCAGUUUCCUGUGUUGUGAUCUCUUUCCGUUCCUUCCGCUGCAACAUCGCCACAUAUUAAAGCAGUUAUAAUCAUUAUUUGAUAUCUGGGAGCAGUUUGGUGCAUCUAAUUUAAAAGUGUCAAUUCCCCUAUCCUUUAGCGAUACAACAUGCAAAGGGUGAAGUCGCUCGUCCAUCGUGAGCCGAAGGAGUCCGGAAAGUCUGCAUCUCACAUUCAAAGAGCGCGCUCGAGAAGGGUAUCGGAUGCAGUCUUAGCCGGACAAGGGUCCCAUUUGGCAGAUCUACGAUCAAGUGCGGCACCGGAAAAGGUUCAGCCCCGCUAUCCUGAUGAAGAGGCAGCCUUCGCAAGCCGCCCUUCAUCUCCUGAGCCGCACCAUCGUCGCAUUGAUUCUGGUGUCGCUGGACUGGAAUCGUCACAGCAAGAAAGCAAGGCGCUUGUCAAUGGCCCCCCAACUGGCGCUACUGCUGGAGGAACCAGCAGAGGUCAAAAUGCUCCACUGCUCAAAGCCAGCAUGAGAACCCAGGAGAGAUCUACAAGGCCGGGUGGUGUUGCUACUGAGCAAAAGCAACAAAUCGGUGCUCGAAAAGUAGGGGUCACCGAUGAGAUGAAAGCAGCAGCGUCUGCAGCUGCAUCUGCCUACUUUCGCCGCAUACCUAAUGCGCCUGGAGAAACGAUGAGGUCCGGGAAAGCUGUACAUCGUUUGAAUAAAUCUCAAGAGCCUCCCAUAUCUGCCUGGGGGAAAGGUAGGGAGUGCCGCCCUCUUGCGCAUGACCCUUUGGCUGGGGUGCCCUGGAGAGACUCCAGCACCCUUGGUUAUUAUGCGAACCCUGCUUCCCCGCCUUCCAGAGUACGAAAAAAAGAGCUACAGCGUCUUGCUCAACCUGAGCCCCGCGCUGCAGAGACGGGACAAACUGGGAAAGCUGAGUAUGAGCCCGAAAGUUAUUCUGGAAUGAUGAAAGAGCCAGGCAGGGAGGAACCCGAGAGACAGUAUGAAAGGCCUUUAGGCAUGGAAGCUCCCGUAGAGGAGAAGGCGUAUGUGGUACCCAGUACUGAAGGCCAAGCGAUGCCCCAGGGGGGAGGUCGUCGUCCGCAUGAAACAGAGCUUGAGAGACCUACGGGUGAAGGGCUCGAGGUGCCUCUAGAGGCUCCCAUGCAACCUACCGCUGUUGGACCUCCACAGUCUGCCCGAGUCCCCCAGCCUGAACAUGAGUAUGUAACUGCUGAGGAAAUUGCCGCCCGCGAAGAAGCAACACGCCGGGCAGUUAUAGAAGAGACAACGGCUAAAAGAAAGGCAGCAGAGGAAGUUGCUGCGAGGGAGGCUGUUACUCAAGAAGCUGCCACUAGAGAAAAUAUUGCCCGAGAGACAGCUCAGUAUGAGGUCGCAGCCAUGGAACAGGCGAUCAGGGAGGCGUAUGCUAGAGAGAAUGCGGCGAGAGAAUCCGCAGAGGCAGAAUUAGCUGUGCUGGAGGAAGCAACCCGUCAAGCAGUAGCAAGGGAAGCGGCUGCUCGUGACGCUGCAGCUGCAACGAUACAAUCCACCGAAGCUGCGACCAGAGAAGCAGUUGCAAACGAAACACUUGCGAAACAAACAGUGACAGAAAGAAUGUCAACCAAAGAGACGGUCACCAGAGAAGCUGUUGCCAGGGAGGCAGCAGCACGUGAGGCUGCUAAUAUGGAGGCUGCUAUCAAACACGCAAACACACGAGAAGUAGCAGCUGAAGAGGUAGCUGUUAGAGAAGCUGCGUUACGGGAAGGUGGAUUCGAUGAAGCCAUCGCUAGGGAUGCUGCACUCAGAGAAGUCGCGGCAGAAGAAGCAGCUGCGAUACGUGCUGAAGGAGGUGAAGGCUUUAUGCAGCAGGAGCCCGGCCCCGGGGAUACACUUGUUCGUGAACCUGGUCCUGGAUCGGUUGCCGCAGGGGGAGCAUUUGCCGAGGGGCCUCCUCCAGAACAGAUGGCGACUGGUGGCGCAGCGCCAUCUGCCAUACCAGCUGAUGCAGGUGCCCCUGCGGCCCCCGUGGCUGUACCAGUCAAUCAAUCUUCUUCUGCGGAACAAAAUCUCGGCGCACAGGUCGAGGAACAACGGCAAGGAGUAGCGCCACCUGCGGGCAGGAGGCCUUCUAAUGAAGAGAAGGAACUUGAGAAACAGCGAACAAAGGAGGAGAGGAAGCUUGAAAAGCAGAGAACAAAAGAAGAGAAGAAGCUUGAAAAACAAAGAACCAAGGAAGAGAAGGCUCUGCAGAAACAGAGGACCGAGCAGGAGCAGAAGCUUAAAAGGGAAGGAUCUGAAGAAGAAAAAUCCCGCCAGACGCAAUUAAAAAAGGAACAAAAGGAGACGGAGAGGCAAAAAGUAAAAGCCCAGAAGCAGCUGAAGAAGUCACGGAAGAAGCAGGAAAGGGAAGCCAAGAGGCAAGGCCAGCAAGACAAUUCACUGCUGUCCAAGAUACGUCGGAGUAUACGAGGCGAACGACCAGCUGAUUAUGGAGUGGAGCAAACUGUCCCCGACAGUGCACCUGCGACUCACACCUGAUGCCCCCUAACCGUUGUCACCAGUUGUUAUUGGAUUUCUUUGAUCAUGAAUUUUAUAACAUUUUUCCACUUCCCCCUUUUCUUUUCCUUUUUUUGUCCAUUGUUUUGGUUUCCCCUUGGACCUACGGCCGGUCGUUUCAAAAUCGAAGAUCACUAAAUAAUUUUAUUGAAAAAGCAUGAAUUACUUGGUCAACCGAGUGACGUAAUGUGGAGAGGGCAACAUUUGGAGCAUGUGAACUGAUGAUAAUAUGUUAAUAUCCAAAGGUUACCGGGGUUAAUGUAUCUUUAUUUCGGUUGGUUAUAGCAAAAGGGUCUUGGUUGUGGGAGUUGAGCGGGUUUAUCCUCAUUAUCUCCUCUUUUUCCUUGCAAUACCCCCUCUAUAUAUACAUAUAUUGGGACGCUGUUCAAGUUAGGGGCUUUUUGUCGUUAGUCUCUCUUUAUUUGUGGUUUAAUUCCUUAUCUUCAUAAUUACCUAUCCUCGAAUUUUUCCCCUGUUUUCAACAUAACACGUUCUCUUUGCUCCCUUGGUGGAAAAGUGACUACCUUUUAUGUUUAGUCUCCCAAUUCUUCUAUUUAUUUUAUUUUUACUUUUAUUUCAUUUUGAGUCCAGCUUUCUCUAAAGCAACCUCAGAAAAAGCGAGUCCAUCAAGCAAAAAAAAUUUGCGAGAAAAUGUGGAAAGUGAAUCGGAUGCAGGACACCCCAAAUACUGAUGCUCAUAGUGUUAUUGAAUAUCAUAAUGUAAUAUUGUUAUAUAUAUGGUUUUCAUAUGUUCUAACACAUGUUUCACGUAACUAUUUGGGUAAAUUGAUAGCCCAUCUAGUAUCUUUGGAAGGAAGAAAGGCUCCCCUUUACAUUACGCUCGGUAUUAGGGCAUUCUUGACCACGUGAUCAGGAUUGCCCUAGUUACUACCUAGGUACGAAAGCUGUCCACGGGUCUCUCUAUAUUCAUCAUGAUUGAUUCUUUUUAACCAGACCUAAACAACUUUUCUCUGCCCUGAGAUUUAUGGACCUAGGAACUAGUCGACACGACGUGAA